GUCAAUAUCAGGUUGCAAAUGAUCUUCACUCUGUUGUCUCUCGUGCAUACCAUCUCUGCCAUUGUUGCUUAAUUCUACUUCUGGAGAGCCCGCAUCCUACAUGGGCUCGUGAGAAUGAGGGAGAAUCAAUUCAUCGGGCACACUAUUAGAUCUCAUGGAUCAAAGCUUGCGAGAGUGCAUCGGCACGACUGGCUGAUUCUGCUACUCCUUGUGGCGAUGGAUGUUGGUCUCAAUGUGAUAGAACCGUUCCAUCGUUAUGUCAGUGCAGAGCUGAUGACCGAUCUGAAAUACCCUUUUAAGAAAGACACUGUGCCCAUGUGGGCUGUUCCGAUAUAUGCAGUAAUCUUGCCCAUUACCGUAUUUCUGGUAUAUUACUACUACAGAAGGGAUGUUUAUGAUUUACACCAUGCUGUACUUGGCCUUGCAUAUUCGCUUCUAGUAACAGCAAUAAUAACCGAUUCAAUAAAAGAUGCCGUCGGAAGACCUCGCCCUAACUUUUUCUACAGGUGUUUUCCGGACGGUACACCUAUAUUUGAUCCUAAUGAUGGCAAUGUCUUGUGUACUGGUGAUAAGAAGGUUAUAAAGGAAGGAUAUAAAAGCUUUCCCAGCGGCCACUCUUCAUGGUCCUUUGCCGGUCUGGGCUUCCUGGCUUUGUACUUGUCUGGGAAGAUCAGAGUGUUCGACAGAAACGGGCACGCAGCCAAACUUUGCGUUGUUCUUUUGCCGUAUCUGUGUGCUGCUCUUGUGGCUGUUUCUCGUGUGGACGACUAUUGGCAUCAUUGGACUGAUGUGUUUGCUGGAUCUAUCUUAGGCGCGGUGGUCUCUCUUAUCUGCUACCUACAAUUCUUCCCAUCUCCACAUUCCCUCAACGGUUGGGCAACUCAUGCCCUAAACAAACUCAUGGCAGAAGCUGCGUCCCAGCAAGAUUUGAACACUUUGGAGAGUGGCAGCAUCAAGACUUGAUUGCAGGAUUAUAGCAGACUCUACAUCCAUCCCCCGCCAAGGUUAUUUUAUUAUAGGAAAAAAUGUAAGCAGCCUGUUUGUGAUAUCGCAAAUGAGCAAAUUAUCCCUUUAUAAAAA